AUGCAUUUGCAAUCAACAGGUUAAAACGGAAGCCGCGUCCAUUCAAAUCGCUUCGAUAAAUUGCCCAAAAACAAAAAACCGAAACCAAAACAGAAAAAAUAAAAGGUGAACGAGGGACCCUGCCGCCAUACGCGUCGAGUACCAUUCACUUGUAGUGUAUAUAUACUGCCACCAUUCACUCGUUCCCCCCGCAUCGCAUCCUCUCCCCACACAAUCCCCACCCGGCCUAGCGAGCGAGAGAGAGGGAAGGGUUGCGACUUGCGACUCGCGAGCGGCGAGAUGGCGAAGGACGUGGAGAUGGCGGUGCGGAACGGAGACGGCGGCGGCGGCGGCGGCUACUACGCCACCCACCCGCACGGCGGCGCCGGCGGCGAGGACGUCGACGACGACGGCAAGCAGCGGCGAACCGGUAACGUAUGGACGGCGAGCGCGCACAUCAUCACGGCGGUGAUCGGCUCCGGCGUGCUCUCUCUCGCAUGGGCAACGGCGCAGCUCGGCUGGGUGGUCGGGCCGGUGACUCUGAUGCUCUUCGCCCUCAUCACGUACUACACCUCUGGGCUCCUCGCCGACUGCUACCGCACUGGCGAUCCGGUCAGCGGCAAGCGCAACUACACCUACAUGGAUGCCGUUGCGGCCUACUUAGGUGGCUGGCAAGUCUGGUCCUGUGGUGUUUUCCAAUAUGUCAACCUGGUUGGGACAGCAAUUGGGUACACAAUCACAGCAUCCAUCAGCGCAGCGGCUGUGCACAAGGCCAACUGCUACCACAAGAACGGCCACGAUGCCGAUUGCGGUGUCUACGACACCACGUACAUGAUCGUCUUUGGAGUCGUCCAGAUCUUCUUCUCCAUGCUGCCCAACUUCAGUGACCUCUCAUGGCUUUCCAUCCUCGCCGCGGUCAUGUCAUUCUCAUACUCGACCAUUGCCGUUGGCCUCUCGCUUGCGCGAACAAUAUCAGGUGCUACUGGUAAGACUACUCUGACUGGCGUUGAGGUUGGAGUUGACGUCACUUCAGCCCAGAAGAUCUGGCUCGCGUUCCAAGCGCUCGGUGACAUCGCGUUCGCCUACUCCUACUCCAUGAUCCUUAUAGAAAUUCAGGACACGGUGAAGUCUCCACCGGCGGAGAACAAGACGAUGAAGAAGGCAACGCUGCUGGGGGUGUCGACCACGACGGCGUUCUACAUGCUGUGCGGGUGCCUGGGGUACGCGGCGUUCGGGAACGCGGCGCCGGGGAACAUGCUCACCGGGUUCGGCUUCUACGAGCCCUACUGGCUGAUCGACUUCGCCAACGUCUGCAUCGUGGUCCACCUGGUCGGCGCCUACCAGGUGUUCUGCCAGCCCAUCUUCGCCGCCGUCGAGACGUUCGCCGCCAGGCGGUGGCCGGGCUCGGAGUUCAUCACCCGGGAGCGCCCCGUCGUGGCCGGCAGGUCGUUCAGCGUCAACAUGUUCAGGCUGACGUGGCGGACGGCGUUCGUGGUCGUCAGCACGGUGCUCGCCAUCGUGAUGCCCUUCUUCAACGACAUCCUGGGCUUCCUCGGCGCCGUCGGGUUCUGGCCGCUGACGGUGUACUACCCGGUGGAGAUGUACAUCCGGCAGCGGCGGAUACAGCGGUACACGUCCAGGUGGGUGGCGCUGCAGACGCUCAGCCUCCUCUGCUUCCUCGUCUCGCUCGCCUCCGCCGUCGCCUCCAUCGAGGGCGUCAGCGAGUCGCUCAAGCACUACGUCCCCUUCAAGACCAAGUCGUGAUCCCGAUCACGACGGCCUUUUUUUUUUGCUUUUGCAUCCUGAUGAAAAAAGAUUUCAGAAACAUAUGCACAACAAAUGCCGGAAGUUAGCCAAGAGUUUGGUCACCAGCUCGGUGCGUUGGUCGGUCAGGAGGAGGAGGGUUCAACUUGUGUAGGUUAAGAAAUGCUAGAGAGUAUGGAGACCAUCUUCGAUUGCUGCUCAUGUAUAGAAAAAAGAGGAAGCUUCGUAUUCAUGUAAUGAAUCGGAAUGUUUAACAAACAAGGCUUGUUCUGAACUCUUCUCAGGGACAGGCAUGGAUAACAGAUUAAAGAUAAAUGAAUGUGUUAGACAAGGGCAGAUUAGAAGCGGCUCUUAAGCUUCACACAA